AUGUCGGACAAGAAGCUAACGGUGCUCUUCACGCCUAUGGAGGGCUUCGGACACAUAAACGGCUGCCACGGAAUCGCCGAACGGCUCAGAGAUCGCGGACAUCGAGUGGUGUUUGCUUUGGACAAGAAAUUCAAGGGUCGGCUCGAGAAGUAUGGCUUUCAAGAGGAACACCUCAUCACCGAAACGAGCGAACCGGUGGGAGGGGUGGACCCGAUAUUUCAUAUGCUUAACGAGAAUUAUGAGAUGUUUAAGGGCACCCCCAAAGACGUGGCUCAGUUUUGUCUCUCAGCAACCGAUGGAAGGGCUAAAUGGACUGAAUUUAAGCAACAAUUGGAGGGAAUGUAUGAAAAUAUCCACAAACGAGUGGACGACUGGUUGGUGGCUGAGGGCACACAACCACUGCCUCAGGAGUCCAACUGUUUUCUGCAUCCCUUCUCCAAACACCUCAACAUUUAUAUGUAUCCCAAGGAAAUGGAUUUCAAGGAAUUCCAACCCUUGGCUCCCAAUUGGAGACGAGUGGACGGCUUCGUGCGCACCACUGAUGAAACUUUUGAAAUACCGGAGUCUCUGAGGGGUAGACCUGGAAAACUCAUACUCCUAUCCAUGGGUUCUUUAGGCUGUGCUAUUGUGGACCUAAUGAUACGUUUGACACAAAUAUUAGGCAAAUCUAAGCACAGGUUUAUUGUAAAUAAAGGCCCACUUCAUGACAAGUAUGACUUACCGGACAACAUGUGGGGCCAACCCUUUCUACCGCAGACAGCAAUCCUACCAUUAGUUGAUUUGGUGGUCACUCACGGCGGCAACAAUACGGUCACCGAAACCUUCUUUUACGGCAAACCUAUGUUAGUAAUGCCUCUCUUCGGGGAUCAGUUCGAUAGCGCACAGAGAAUACAGGAAAGGGGUCUCGGAUUAAGUGUCAGUCCCUUCCACUGCACUGAAGAGGAAUUGUUGACAUCAGUCGACAAAUUGGUUAACGAUUUAGAGUUGAGUCAAAGGAUGAAAGCAAUUGGAGAGAGGAUUAGGAAAUCUAAUGAUAAGGAUGUGAUCGCAGAUCUCAUUGAAAAUAUAGCCAUAAAUUAA